CAUCUUACUUGCUCUCUGAUUUUUAUCAUCUCUCGACUAAAAACCCACAUGGGGAUUAUAGAAUUUGCAACCUUUUCUUGAAUGCUCUGUUCAAAGUCAAAGAGGAAACGGAAAGAGAUUGCUUUGGUUGUCAGAAAUGGCAGCGCUUUUCAUGAAGAAAGCUUCCACAGCUGAAUUGGAGACUUUUUAUCCAAUUAGACCAGAAUGCCAAAAAGAUGUCCCCAAAACCCGUUUUAAGCUCAGGGCAGGGAAAACCCUCAGCGCCAGAAGAUGGAAAGCUGCCUUCUCUCAGGAUGGUCGUCUGGAUAUAGCAAGUGUGCUUAGAAGAGUUCAACGAGGGGGUGUUCAUCCUUCCAUUAAAGGGGUGGUCUGGGAAUUCUUGUUAGGUUGUUAUGAUCCAAAUAGCACCUUCGAAGAACGAAAUAUUCUCAGGCAACGCCGGAGGGACCAGUAUCGCACAUGGAAAAAUAAAUGUCAAAAAAUGGUCCCAAUUAUUGGUAGUGGAAAGUUUGUUACGACACCUAUCAUCACCAAUGAUGGCCAACCGAUGGAAGAAUCAACAAGUGACAGUACGAGAGAUGACGGUGUUAUGUCUACAUCUUCUCUUAAUUCAGACAAAAAAGUGAUUCAGUGGAAGCUUUCCUUACAUCAAAUUGGUCUAGAUGUUGUGCGAACAGAUCGAGUACUUGUUUUUUAUGAGAGCGAAGCUAAUCAGGCCAAACUUUGGGAUGUUCUUUCUGUUUAUGCUUGGUUGGACAAUGAUAUUGGUUAUGUCCAAGGAAUGAAUGACAUAUGCUCACCGAUGGUUAUUCUUCUUGACGAUGAAGCUGAUGCAUUUUGGUGUUUUGAACGUGCAAUGCGAAGGCUGAGAGAAAAUUUUAGGAGCAGCUCAAGUUCCAUAGGUGUGCAAGCUCAGCUGUGUACGCUCUCCCAAAUAAUCAAAGCUAUAAAUCCUAAGCUUCAUCAUCACCUUGAGGAUCUGGAUGGUGGGGAGUAUUUGUUUGCGUUUCGCAUGCUGAUGGUACUUUUCCGGAGAGAGUUUUCCUUUGUUGAUGCAUUGUAUCUAUGGGAGCUGAUGUGGGCCAUGGAGUACAAUCCAAACAUUUUCUCAUUGUAUGAAGGCUCAACUGCCGGUGCCGGUUCAGAUACCUGUACUGCAUCUGAAGUAGAUGACAAAGUGCUAAAGCAGUGUGGCAAGUUUGAAAGGAAAAUUGUAAAGACGGGAUCUUCAGAUCGCCAUAGUGCACUUGCAGUUUUUCUUGUUGCAAGUGUUCUCGAGACCAAAAAUAAGAAGCUCUUGAAGGAGGCAAAGGGUCUCGACGAUGUCGUCCAGAUCCUAGGUGGAAUAACUGGAAAUCUCGAUGCUAAAAAGGCAUGCAACGAGGCAUUAAAGAUUCACAAGAAGUACCUAAGCAAGACCCAGAAGACGUAGAUUUCUUGGGCUAUCAAAUAAUGGUGAAGUCAUAUUUGACUGCUUCAAUUUGCUGAUCAGGCAGUACCCAACUUCUCUGCGUUGGGUUUUGCAUUUUUUUUUUUUUUUAAAUCAUUCAUCUCCUCGUUCAAUUUUCUUAACGAGAAGUUGAACAAUUUUGAUCCUUUAAAAAACAGUUUUGUAUAGAUAAUUCAGAUAACAAUUCAUUUGCAGCAUUUUUAGCUGCGUGCUUCUGUAAAGCCUUCAUCUUCCAGGCUCAGAACCAUUGUUUGCGAGGAUCUUUUGUGGCGUUUUCCGCAAAAUUUGUCCUUUUCGUAUUCAAUUUCCAGUUAAAGAUUUUAACUGAUGAAAACUGAGCAAAGACUUUUGAU